AUGCCUGAGAUAGGCAGUGAUGAGCAGACAGCCGAUGAGUUAGUGAGCGCUAUUUGUGUUCAUCUUAUACACCUGUGCUGGGCUCAGAGGUCAGACGCUGAUGGAGAGAGACCUACCUGCGGACGCUGUGACCAGGAGUUCUUGUGUAAUUGCGCCUACGAUGGAUUCACCCGUGUUCCUGUGGUAACAGACCGCGCCUUGACUUUUGAUCUCUCCUUCAACAGCAUCACUGAGGUGGCUGAUGAUGAUCUGACCGGCCACAGGAAGUUGAAGGUUCUGAGUCUACAUGGUAACAGUCUAGCUGUGAUCCAUCCAUCAGCGUUUGAUUCUCUUUGGAGUCUGGAGAAUCUGGAUCUGUCUGAUAAUAACCUGACUGCUCUCAACCAUGAAUGGUUCAACAAGCUUGGAGCUCUGCAGCAGCUCAACCUGCUCAACAACCCCUACAGCUGUCUGGGGUCUCCCCCCGUGUUUCAGAGCCUGGUCAGACUGAGGAGGCUGGCUUUUGGAGGUCCUGCUCUGCUGGAGAUAAAGAGAGGAGAUCUGUCAGGGGUCACAGAGCUGGAGGAGCUCACUCUACAUGCCAAUAACCUUGAAAGGUACGAGUCCGGGGCUCUGGCAGAUAUGUGGCCACUAGGUCAUGUCACCGUGAGCCUCCAUGGUCCAUUUCUAACAGACACAGCCCUAGCUUCAGCUGUGCUCACUGAUGUAUCGUACCCAAACACACCCAUCACUCUGCAAGAUGUUCAGCUGAUGAGGAAGGAGUCUGUGCAGCCCUUUGAGGUGUUUGCCAAGAAGAGAAUCAGGAGCGCUACUCUCCGGAACAUUACCAUAUCAGAUCAGGCGUAUAUUGAAGUCAUGAGGAUCAUAGAUGGACAGCCUAUCACUUACCUUUCUGUGGAGGACGUCACACUGACAAGUGAGGGCAGGUGGGAGGCACACAGUUCAACAGAUGUCAGUGCUAUUGACGAGGUUGUUGUGCGAAACGCUGUGGUCCUGGAUUUGAUGAAAUUUGUAAAGUAUUCAGAGUAUUUCCUGCUGUUGCGCUACCCAAGAAAGAUUUCUGCAAUCAACGCUAAGGUAUUCGUGAUUAACUGUUUCUCAACCUUCUUGCUCGGGAACCUGCAGUACCUGGACUUGACCGACAACCACCUGAGUGACCUAGCUCUAGAGGAGACACUGUGCCAUGGAUACAGCCCGAUGAAGGACCUGCGAGUUUUAAACAUCAGUGGAAACUUUCUGAGGUCUCUGUCCACACUGAGUCGAAUGGUAGCUCAUCUCUCCAAACUGACCCACCUGGACGCCAGUAGGAAUGGAUACAGCUCCAUGCCUCAGAGCUGCUCCUGGCCACACACCCUGAGAUACCUCAACAUCUCCGGGGCUAAACUCACAACCAUCACCAGCUGUCUACCCACAACCCUGGAGGUGCUGGAUCUGAGCUACAACAGUCUCAAAAACUUCUUCCUGUUCCUGCCUUUUCUGAGAGAGCUCUACCUCUCUGGGAACAAGUUCCUGAGUCUGCCACAUGGACGGCUGUUCCCUAAUCUGCAAACACUGAUAAUACAGUCAAACACCAUGAACAUGUUUGGGCCUUCAGACCUCCAGUCCUACAGUCGACUCCAGAGCCUCCAGGCGGGUCAGAACAAAUUUGUCUGCUCCUGUGACUUUGUCAGCUUCCUCCAGUCUGCCUUCAAAGAUGCUGGAGAGGUUCAGAUAACGGACAGAGAGGAGAGCUACGUCUGCAACUCCCCUCUGUACCUGCAGGGACGACCAGUUGGUGGAGUCAGUCUCUCUGUUGUUGAAUGCUAUCAGGUUUUGUUUGUGUCUGUGAGCUGUGGUGUGGCACUGUGUGUUGCCCUGCUGGUGAGUAUCCUGCUCUGGCGCCUCCAUGUAUUCUGGUACCUCGAAAUGACUUGGGCAUGGGUAAAGGCAAAGCGGAGCAGUCGACUGCGGCGCCAGAAGGAUAAAAUGGAUACAGAAGCAUUGCUGUCCUUUGACGCCUUUGUGUCCUACAGCGAGAGGGAUGCUAGCUGGGUGGAAAACUACUUGGUACCUGAACUGGAGCAGCCAGGAGAGAAUGGUGAGGACUCCUCAAACCCCAGAGGCCCCAGACCUCUGACCCUCUGCCUCCACAAGCGGGACUUCCUCCCCGGACACUGGAUUAUGGACAACAUCAUGAGUGCCAUCGAGCGAAGCCGGCGGACCAUCUUCGUCCUCUCUGAGAAUUUCGUCCAGUCCGACUGGUGCCGCUAUGAGCUGGACUUCUCCCACUUCUGGCUCUUUGAUGGGAAUGCUGGUGAUGAGGCGGCCAUCUUGAUCCUGUUGGAACCGCUGUCCAGAGACAACAUCCCCAAACGCUUCUGCAAACUACGCAAACUCAUGAGGUCCACCACCUACCUGGAGUGGCCUCAGGAGGAGGAGAGGGUUCUGGAGUUCUGGAAGAGUCUUCGUAGGGCUCUGAGAGUGGAAGAAGAGGACGAUGACUGA